UCACUUUUUCGGAUCAACCGAGGGCCGCGCAUGCGCGAUUGUCAUCGCAUUUUCCAAGUUGACGUUUUCUCGUGCUUUGGAAGCUCAUCGUCAGCUCCGUAGAAUAAUAAAUAAAUAAAGUUUAAUGAAUAAUAAAAAAAGUGACUUCGAGGUUAUUGUUGCGGGUAAAACUGAGUGAUAGUUGAGUGAUUAUUUUCCAAGUUUUUCUGGAACUUUGUGGGGAGAACUGAAGUUGAUGAUGCGUUGAGUGAGGUUCCGACGCCAUAUUGGUUCCAAGAUGGCGACGAGCGCGGGAGAGGCGGAGGAAUUUGAAGGGUUUCUGGGCUUUUCCGAGGGUGGAGGACAGAAGAGACACAAAAAACAUAAACACAAGAAGCAUAAGAAGAAAAAGAUGGGGGUGGACGGGGAGGGGGAGGGGGCUGUUGCUGACCAGAGCAGGGUGAAGAAGAAGACGUUCAAAGUGAGAGUUUCUGCUGACAAUGGAAAAUUACCGGAAAGAAAUCGAGAAAAACUGCCCAAAGUGUCCUCCACGCCCUUGGCAGGGCCCAGUACCCCGUCGCUACCGAAAGUCGUUAAGAAAAAAGUAUCAAAGGGUGGAAAGCCGAGGGACAGUGGAACCAGCAGCGAGGAGGAGCGAUGGCUGGACGCCAUCGAGUCUGGAAAACUGGAGGAGGUGGACGAUGAGUUAAAAAAAAUAAAGCCAAAGGAUCCAAAACUGAUGACAGCAAGACAGCGUGCAAUGUUCGAGAGGAAAACAGACGCAGAGCCAAAUCCUGGGGUUGAGCAGUUGAUGUCUCUGCCCACUGGCUACAAGGAAAAAGUAAUGACAGCUGAGGCCAUUCAAAAGGCUGCUCUCAAGUCACUGAAACGAAAGCAAUUGGCUGAUGAGAAAAGAGAGAAGGACAAAAAAAAAACGAUGGAGAGACUGCUGAAGAAGCAGGAGUCCAAAGCCUCGAAGAUCACAGGGAAGGGAAAGGCAUCGAAGAGACAAGUUCCUCUAGUUACUUAUCGACUGACACUCGAGGGGAGCUCGAUAUCGUAUCCCCCGGGUGAAGAAUUCCCCCUUCGACCCGCGAAAAUGAAAAAACUACCAGAAGUCGCCUUAUGCGCAGUUGAACAAUGCAGAAACCCAAAAAAGUACUCUUGCUCCAAGACAGGCAUACCCCUCUGCAGUCUCGAGUGUUACAAAGCGAAUCUAGCUGGAAUUAUGACAUGAAACACCUGUACAAACCCAAAACAAGUCCAAUUAUCUCAAAUAAAUUAUCUAUUUUAUACGAAAAAUAAUAUGAAAAAUAAAAAUAGAAAAAUUCUUCUGCAUUGGAAAUCCA